AUGAACUCCUCUGGGAAUGAUAACUGGCACCCCGGUGGCCCUCCUUCACACCCCGGGAUAGACCAGAUGAAUCAACAACCUCGCCCAUUGGGCUCUUAUAGUCAAAACCCACCGCCCCAGCAAGGCCCGUCCUCCCAGCCUGCAGGGCCCGUUCUUCCCCCUCCAGCCGGCCCCUAUCACCCUGCAAGCCAACCUGCUGGCCACUCCCUCCCUGGGCUGGCAGAACUGAGCCAGGGCCAUGCCGGUCCCCAUCAGCCUCCUGCAUAUGGCCAGCACCCCUCUGUUCCUUCUCACAAUGCGGGACAUUCUCUGCCAGGCAUCGGCCAAGCCAUGCAACAUCCAUCUCCCCAGUCCAUUAACCGAGAGCGAGAACGAGACUCCAGAGAACGCGAAUUGUUGGAGAGACGUCAUCAAGAGGAGAUGGUCCACAGAGAGCGUGAGCAGCGUGAGCGUGAACAAUUAGAAAGGCAACAACUGGAGCGACAGCGUGAGCAGCAGCAGCAUCACCCUGUCCAGAGCCAUACAGGGUCGAUCCCUCUGCACCAGCCGGUUGCCUCGAAAGUGCCAAAUUCCAUUCAUGGCCCCAAUGGGCUUUUGUCGAACCUUGGAUCAAACCCCCAGAAUGCCCCUCAGGGGUCCAUGCAGUCAUCUGGAGGUCCUGGUUCGAUCUAUGGCCCACAGAUGCAACAUGGAGAAGGAACCCCAAGAUCAUUCAUGCAGCAUCCCGCCGCCGGUCCAGGACAACCCAUGAUGGGUUUCAGUACCUCAGGUCCCCAGAUUCCGGGUAAUGUUGCUGCCCUUGCUCAGGGCCAGCAACCAAUUUUGAAUGAUGCGCUCAGCUACCUCGAUCAGGUGAAGGUCCGUUUUGUCGAUCAGCCGGACGUUUACAAUCGAUUUCUCGAUAUAAUGAAGGACUUCAAGAGCCAGACCAUCGAUACUCCUGGCGUGAUUCAGCGCGUCUCAUCGCUAUUCAAUGGACACCCUGCUCUUAUCCAGGGGUUCAAUACUUUCCUGCCUCCUGGUUAUCGGAUUGAAUGCGGAACGGAAGAUAAUCCAGACGCGAUUCGAGUGACGACACCCUCGGGUACGAACACUCUUAGCAUGCCGCGUGCGCGUCAUUCAUUAGAGUCCUCUGGUGAAUUGGGUCCGACUAGUUCCCUUGGCCCUCACGGACGCCCGGACUUCUUUGACCAGUCUCGUCCUGGCUGGCAACAAGCCCAACCCCAACCACCACAACAACCUCAACAACAGCAGGGUACCCUUCCAGGUUCGUACUCGCCUGGUUCUCGCAUGAUGGGUACUAGCAUGUACGGACAGCAGGGUGGACAAGGUCAGCCCCAGGAACACCACUACGAUUACCCAACUCAGCAAGAGCAGCAGGCUGCAGCUGGCGCAGCGGCCAUGGCUCACCAACAGGAUCAGCGUGGUGUCUCGCAGCUCCAGGGCGCCGCGUCGGCUGCCUCUGCUGGCCUCGGACGCCCCGGGUUGAUGCAAGUGUCCCCUGCGUCGGGUCAAAACUCUAGUUUGAACCAGCCCAUGAACAGUCUGGCAGGUGUUGGAUCGGGCAUGCUUCAAGGCUCGCAGGCGGAUUUGAAUAAACGCGGACCUGUCGAAUUCAACCAUGCGAUCAGUUACGUGAACAAAAUCAAAAAUCGUUUUUCGAGCGCUCCUGAAAUCUAUAAACAGUUUCUCGAAAUCCUGCAGACGUACCAGCGCGAGUCGAAGCCAAUCCAGGACGUCUACGCUCAAGUCACUCAACUGUUUAACACUGCGCCGGAUCUCUUGGAAGAUUUCAAACAGUUCCUGCCCGAGUCUGCUGCGCAUGCCAGACAGCAGGCAGCGGCACGUCAGGCGGAGGAGGCGGCAGCACCCAUGAGUAAUGUGCGAGGGGAGCCCAACUUCUCCAAUGCCACAACACUUCCCUCUCAGACCCCGAAUCGCGACGUCAAAAUGCCUCCUCUCGGUCAGUUCAACGUGAAGGAUUCCGGCAAGGAAGGCAAAAAGCGCCGAGGCGUCCCUGGAGCUCCGGCUACUUUGGGCCCUUCGGUCUCCGGAUCUUCCGCUGUCGAUAGCGCACGCAUGGCGGAUGCUCAGGGCGGCCGAGCUCCAGCCAUCCAGCCAGGCAAUGCCAACAAGAGAGCCAAGGUCCAUCAUACGAAAACCACCCAGGCAGAAGCCCCCACCGUCUCGCCCACCCUUGUCCCCGCCCUACCCGAGCCGAUUCAGCCCACCUUCUCCUUGACGCCCAGCCAGGAGGAGUUUGCCUUUUUCGACCGCGUAAAGAAGUACAUCGGUAAUAAGCAGACGUUUAGCGAGUUCCUCAAGCUUUGCAACUUGUACUCAACUGACCUCAUUGAUCGCCACGUACUUGUAAAGAGGGCUGCUGGCUACAUCGGUUCCAACCCCGAGCUCAUGGCGUGGUUCAAGCGCUUUAUGCACGUCGAGGAACCCGAGGACAAAAUCAUCGAGGUCAAGGCCAAGCAGGAGCAGGGUAUUGUCAACCUGUCCCAUUGCCGCUCCCUUGGACCCAGCUAUCGCCUUCUGCCAAAGCGCGAGCGACAGAAGCCAUGCAGCGGUCGUGAUCAGUUGUGCUACAGUGUCCUGAAUGACGAAUGGGCUUCUCAUCCUACCUGGGCUUCGGAAGACUCUGGUUUUGUGGCGCACCGUAAGAAUUCGUAUGAAGAUACCUUGCAUCGCAUCGAAGAGGAUAGGCACGACUACGAUCACCACAUUGAAGCAUGUACUCGCACUAUCCAGCUGAUUGAGCCCAUUGUACAGCAGUUCCUUGUCAUGUCGGAUGCGGAGAGGACCGCUUUCAAGCUUCCUCCCGGCCUUGGGGGUCAGAGUGAGGCGAUCUACCAGCGUGUGAUCAAGAAGAUCUAUGACCGACAGCGGGGAGAAAAGAUCAUCCGUGAGAUGUUCGAAAGACCUUGCCAUGUGCUUCCCAUCGUCUUGUUCCGCUUAAAGCAAAAGUGUGAGGAAUGGAAGGCUAGUCAACGCGAAUGGGAUAAGAUCUGGCGCGAGCAAAUGCAAAAGGCCUACUGGCGAAGCCUGGAUCAUCAGGCCAUAGCCAGCAAAGGGACGGACAAGAAGCUGUUUGUGGCGAAGCACAUCCAGAACGAAAUCCAAACUAAAUAUGAGGAGAGCAAGAAUAUUCGCAAGAGCGGGUUCCAGGUCGCCAAGCACCAAUUUGAAUUCACUUUCGACGACGCGGCGGUUCUCAUCGAUGCUACUCACUUGCUUUUGACAUUUAUUGACCGCAACUCUGCUGGGUUUGGAGCCGACCCCCAGAAGGUGAUGACCUUCAUCAAGGACUUUAUCCCGGUAUUUUUUGGUAUGGACCGUGACACUUUCCAUGUGUAUAUGAAUGAGCUGUCAAGCGGCACGUCUCCGGCUGAGGAGGGCGAUGACGAGAGUCUGGCUGCGGAGGAAUCCUCAACUCCCCGUGGCCGCAAGGGUAUAAACGGCAAGAAGGUCGAUUUGCUUCGCGAUGUUCUGGAACGCCGCAGCGAGAAAGCCAACCGGACUGAGAAAGGGGGCAGUACUCCAGCCAGCCGUGACGGUACUCCCGAUGCCGUCCUCGUCCCAUCCACCCCUAUCCCGGACCCUACUGAGACAUUCGACGUGGCCGAGCUGAAGUGGAUGGAGCACCCCGGACAGGGCAACUUCAACCUCCAGCGGGAGUACACCUUGAACGAGUCUUAUGAGAAGAAUGUCCACCACCUUUAUGCUAAUUUGAACAUCUACUGCUUCUUCCGCACGUUUGAGAUUCUCUAUUCGCGCCUUUUGCGGAUCAAACUGCACGAGAAGGACGCUCAUGAGGACGUGCGGCGUGCUCUGGUUGGGAAGCCGGCACAAGAGCUGGGUCUGAUUGACAAAGCGCCUACGGAUUUCUUCUACGAUUGCGGAUCCACGGCGAAUCUGUACCAGCAGGUGGUACGGAUGUGCGAGGAGGUCAUCAAGGGCGAUUUGGAGACCUCUCACUUGGAGGAAACUCUCCGUCGGUACUACUUGCGGAGCGGUUACCAGCUGUACAAUUUGGAGAAGAUGUUCACAGGAAUCGCCAAGUUUGCCGGCGCUAUUUUCAGUGGGGAUUCCAAGGACCGCAGCUCUGACAUUAUCAACCUUUUUUUUAAGGAACGGGACAAGGAGGAAACCACGCACAACCAAGAGAUUCAGUAUCGAAAGCAGGUGGAGAGACUGGUCCGGGAUGGCGAUAUCUAUCGUGUUACAUAUAGCCCUACUACCAAGAAGACUUCCGUGCAACUCCUGAUGCCGGAGGAUGCCACUUUGGAGAACGAAGAGCUGAGCCAGGAAGCGCGCUGGUCGUACUAUGUCUCCGCUUACACCAUGCGUGACCCCACGGAAGGUGUGCCGUUCUCUCAGAUGCGCAUGCCUUUCUUGAAGCGAAACCUUCCCCCAAAGUUGGAACAGGAAGAGGAAUACAACCGCUACUACCGGCCCCUGGUACACUUGGACGGUCUCAUUAUUCGCAUCUGUGCCAACAGCUAUCAUAUCCUGUACGAACCGGGUAGUUACGACUGGUGGUGGCGCCCCACUGCUCCAUCAGAGGAGUCGACCGAGGAGGUUGCUAAGGAGGAAGCAGCUGUCAAGGAGCGGCGGCGUGACCGGUUCACCGAGAAGUUUGUCAACAACCCCGGCUGGGCGCAUGGUCUCAGUAAGGAUCAAGUGGACGAGUCCAAUCAGCGCUUCCGUUCCUGGAUCAAGGGCAACAAGACCGAGGGUGAGACCACCGCUCCGGAGGCACCAGGUUCCGACCAGCAGGAUAACAAGGAGGAUACGGAGAUGGCUGAUGCCGAAGAGCCCGCUUCUGAGUUCAAGGAACAGUGA